AUGGUGGACCCACGCCCAACAAUCAAGAAUGCCGACAUGUCCGAGGAUGUGCAACAGGAAGCAGUAGAGUGUGCAAUCAGGGCAUUUGAAAAAUACACGGUCGAGAAGGAUAUUGCUGCUCACAUCAAAAAGGAAUUUGACAAGAAGUACGGUGCUACAUGGCACUGUAUCGUAGGUCGUAACUUUGGAAGUUAUGUCACUCAUGAAACCAAGCACUUUAUUUACUUUUAUCUGGAUCAAAUCGCCAUUCUUCUGUUCAAGAGUGGAUAA